AUGUUUAUGAAUUUCAUUAAAGAUGCCAUUUGUGAUAAUAACGAUGAAGUGUAUAAAUACCUUCUCGGCUGGAUUGCAUCAAUGAUUCAACAUCCUGGAAUCAAGAAUGAAACAGCAAUUAUUUUGAAAGGACUUCAGGGAACAGGUAAAAACAGAUUUACAGACAUUAUUUCUGAACUUCUCGCUGGUUAUUCAUGUAAAAACAUUACUGAAAUAAGUGAGCUAACGGGUAAUUUCAAUUCAGUAGUUGAGAAUAAAAUGUUUCUUGUACUUAAUGAACUCAAGAAUGUGGGUGAAGAUAGACUCGCAAACUUCAACGCUUUGAAAUCAAUUAUUACGGAUAAUGAGAUUAGAAUUAAUGAAAAGAAUCAACCCAGAAGAACCGCUCAGAAUGUUGCCAAUUUCAUUUUCGUAACUAAUAAUGUUUACCCUGUCAAAAUUGAAGUUGGAGACAGAAGAUACGUAGUUUUAAGAGUUAAUGGUAAAUUCAAGGGUCAAUUUGAUUACUUCAAGAAUUUAAUGAAUUCAUGCACAAAGGAAUUUUAUGAUAAUUUACUGACGUAUUUUAUGCAAUAUGACCUUUCAUCAUUUAAUGUACGAAUCAUACCGAUGACUGAAGCCAAACAAGAUUUAAUAGAAUUAUCAACAAAUCCUUUAGAUGUAUGGAUAAUUACACAUUAUGAUGAAUUGUGUGCAGGUAUGACGUGUGAAAAUGCUCUAUUCUGCAAACCAUCAGACAUGAAAGACAAAAACUUUCAAAUGAGCAUUAAGGAUAAAUGUGAUAGGAAACAGAGAAGAAUAGAUGGUAAACAAACACGGUGUUAUGUUUUGAAAGAAGAAAUGAAAGGAUUAUAUAAACAGGUUGAACCAAACGAUAAUGAUGAUUUAUUUACUGACGAUGAAAUACCGGUAAAUGAAGCUUUAUAA